AUGAAUAAAUUUAUUCGCAAAAACUCAUUAAAUACAUUAGCCUUGAAAGAACAAGAAAACAAAAAACUCAAAUAAUACAUUCUUCAAAUGGAACAAGACCAAUCUCUUUAUGAAACUUUAACAUAAGAGUAAAUCUUUGGUAUUUUAUGCAUUAUUCUUACCAAAUCCUCUUAUCAUAGAACUUAAUCAGAGAUUGAAAUUCUUAAAAAGGCCACUAGUCAUAUAGAUUAUUUUCAAAAACUAAUAGAAAAAGAAUAGGGUCCUAUAUUAUGGGAAAGAUGUCUAAGGAAAAUGAGUUAUACAUAUCUUUCUUAUGGAUAAACAUUAUUUAGAGAAGGUAUUUAAUAAAUUCAAUUUAUAAGGUGAUGUUGGUACAACCUUUUAUAUCAUUUUGUAGGGAAGAGUAUCUAUUCAUAAAAGAUUAUUAGUUUAAGAUGAAUUUUAAGAUAAAGAAUUAAUCUAAUUAUAAGAUGGAUAAGGUUUUGGAGAAUUAGCGCUUGAGAAUAAUGAACCUCGUUCAGCUUCAGUUAAAGCUAUUCUUCCAACACAUUUAGCUGUUUUAGAGGCAGAAGAUUAUAUGGUUAUUAAAAAAACAGUGGUAAUUCUUAUUAUCUAUUCAAAAAAAGAUUAACUAACAAAGAUAAAUGUAUUUUGAAGAAUUUGCAAAAUUGAAUAUUUUUAGAGAUUGGAAAUUUAUGAGUAUUAAAUCAUUAUUUGAUGUAAUUAAAUCAAAUAAAUAUGGACUUAAUCAUAUAAUCUUCAAAGAAGGCGAUCCUUCAAACGAAGUUUAUUUUAUAUAAACUGGCUAAUUUAAAGUAAUUAAAUAUUUAUAUUUUUUAGGUAGUAAAGACACUAAGAAUUACAUAAUUUAAUGAUGAUAAUAAUUCUUAAGAUGAUUUAUAAAAGUUAAAGGAUCGAUUUGCAUAUACUAAACCAAGUUUAUCUAAUUCAGAUAAAAUUGAUAUGUUAUAUUAAAAAAAGAAAUAUGGAAAUCUUGUAACUGGUGAUAAAAAGUCAAUUAUGACAUUAAAAUUUGUAGGUGCUGGUGAAAUGUUUGGAGAAUUAGAAAUUUUAAAAUAAUCAGAUUUAUGUAGAUAAUUUAGUUAUGUAUCAACUUUUGAAUCCAAUACUGUAUAUUCUGUAUCUAAAAGAGAUUUCUUAAGAGUUAUAUAAAAUGAUCCACCAUUAUUUCAAAGUUUGAAUUCUUUAAAUGAUGACAAACUCAAAUAAGCUUUAGCAUAAAUUAAGGCAUAUGAAAAGAAUUUUAUUGAUCAUACAGAAAAAUAAAGUAUUCUUCAGAAAACAUAAAUUAAAGAAUAACUUAAUCCAAAAUUAUUAACUGAUGAAGAUUUAUAAACUAAUGUUUUAGUACGUAAUCAAACUUAUAUAUCUAAAAUUACUAGUAGAAAAAAGUAAAUUGAUAAAAAAAUUCGAGAACUUACCUUAACACUUGAACCUCCUAAAACUGAUAUGAAUUAUAGUACAUUGCUUACGUAAUUAUAUACAUCUCAAAAGCAUAGAAGAUAAAGAACUGAAUAAUAAAUUGUUUUGGUUUCUAAGAAAGGGUCUAAAAGUACAAAGAAAUCUAUAGAUAAAAGGCCUAAAACCGAAAUGCUAACUACUCAUGAUUCACCAAAAUAAAAUGUAUAUAUAUGUAAUGUACUAUCAAAAUUAUUUUCAUCACCUACUAUAAGAAGUAAAUUGAAUUCAGAGGAGGAUAACAACUAUAGAUAAUAAUAAAAAUUUCACUUAAAAGAAAUUAAAAAGAGCACUGAUCAUAUCUAAGAUAGUUCUAGAUAUUUAUUAAAAAAAUAAGCAACAGAAAGCACUUUAACUAAAAGAAUACAUUCAACAACUUCAAGAUAAUAGACUAGUCCAACCUAAUCUAAAUUUGGAUAAAUAGAAAAAUUAUUUUCUCAUUCUUUUAAAUCGCAUCUUCCUUUUGUUUUACAAAAUAAAUAUUUUGGAUUAACACCCAAAGAAUAAUGA